AUGAAGAUUGGUGGAAAAAUUGCUGGGGCAUUGGCAUCAGAAAUGGAGGGCAAGAUUGAAUCGGUGCAGGUCUUCGGCCGCAAGAAGAACGCUACGGCUGUCGCUUACUGCAAGCGCGGCCACGGCCUUAUCAAGGUCAACGGCACGCCCAUCGAGCUCGUGGAGCCCGAGAUCCUGCGCGUCAAGACCUAUGAGCCCGUGCUCCUGCUCGGCCAGCAGCGUUUUGCCAACGUGGACAUCCGCAUCCGCGUGAAGGGUGGUGGUCACACCGCUCAGAUCUACGCGAUCCGUCAGGCUAUCGCCAAGGCCAUUGUCGCUUACUACCAGAAGUACGUUGACGAGGCCUCCAAGAAGGAGAUCAAGGACAUCCUGCUCGCCUACGACCGUACCCUUCUGGUCGCCGACCCCCGUCGCUGCGAGGCCAAGAAGUUCGGUGGUGGCAGCGCUCGCGCUCGCUUCCAGAAGUCGUACCGUUAAGCGGCGUCUUCCAGCCGAGGGGUCGCUUCUGCUCUAUCUGCGCUCUGCUAUCCAACGCGCAUGCUGUUGCUGGCUUGGCUUUAGGUGUCUUGGUAGUGAUAGCGAUCCCAUAAUAAAACGUGCGAUAAUUUAGCGGCAAUUUACUGUUAGCUCAUCGGU